UUGUAAAAUGGCUGACUUGUCAAUUUCAUUCAGCCAAGAAAAUGAUAUUUCACAAUGUAUUGCAUUUUCAACUGAAACCACUUGUCUUUUGGUUGGGCACAAUGAGUUCUGCUGGAUAUCUGCUAUGUGGUGGAUUUUCUGAAACACACUUGGAUAUUGUGAAGCACAGUAUUCGAUUGUACCAUUUGCAUAACUGACUUCUGAGGGGCAAGCAAGUUGAGAAGUAUAAAUCUCACUGUUAAGUUACUCGAAAACCUCAGUAACCCCACUCUAGUCGGCAAACCAAACAAUAACAUUUAGUUAUUAUAACUAAUAUCACCGCCACGACGCGCGUCAACGUUGCUCUUCAUAUCGUUAAUCUAGCUAGCUGGCUAGUUCUUCCCAAAGCAUCCAUUUUGUCGAAGUGGCUCAGUUGGGUGGGUAUGAGUGAAACAAUAACAGAUAAACUCCUACCGAGAUUCUGCGAACUGGCACUGUUAACUAACAAAACCAACCCGUAAUUGUUUCACCCCCCAAGGAUCAUGGCCAAAGAUGCUGGUCUGAUUGAAGCUAAUGGGGAGUUGAAGGUUUUCAUCGAUCAGAAUCUGAGUCCUGGCAAAGGUGUCCUGUCCCUGGUGACUGUCCAUCCACAGACGAUUCCUGUUGCGAAGCAGCUGCUACCAAAAACACUUGGCCCGUCUAAUGUCAACAUCGCCCCACAUUUGGUGAUCAGCACACCACAGAGACCUAGUGGCUCCAAUGCCAUCCUCGUGAACAGUCCCCACACACCCAGCUCUCAGCUGUUCGCCCAGAGCCAGCCGUCCGAAGCCUCACCAUGGUCAUCAGGCAAGCGCAGCAAGAAAGGAGAGAAGAAUGGCAAAGGGCUGAGGCAUUUCUCCAUGAAGGUUUGCGAGAAGGUUCAGAAGAAGGGAGUCACCACCUACAAUGAAGUGGCCGACGAGCUGGUAGCUGAGUUCAGCUCCUCAGACAACCCCAUCUCCCCAAACGACCCUCAUGUGUACGACCAGAAGAACAUAAGACGGCGCGUCUACGACGCCCUGAACGUGCUGAUGGCCAUGAACAUCAUCUCCAAGGAGAAGAAGGAGAUCAAGUGGAUCGGCCUGCCCACCAACUCGGCCCAGGAGUGCCAGAACCUGGAGGUGGAGAGGCAAAGGCGACUUGAAAGAAUCAAACAGAAACAGUCCCAACUCCAGGAGUUAAUUUUACAGCAAAUCGCCUUCAAAAACCUGGUACAGCGCAAUCGUCAGACAGAAAAGCAGAGCAACAGACAGCCGCCGCUGAACUCUGUCAUCCAUUUGCCAUUCAUUAUCGUCAACACCAGCAAGAAGACGGUUAUCGACUGCAGCAUCUCUAACGACAAGUUUGAGUACCUGUUUAACUUUGACAACAUGUUUGAGAUCCAUGAUGACAUCGAGGUGCUGAAGCGCAUGGGCAUGGCGUACGGCCUGGAGGUGGGCAAGUGCUCCCCAGAGGACCUCAAGGUGGCCCGCGGCCUGGUCCCCAAGGCACUCGAGCCAUACGUCACAGAAAUGGCCCAGGGCCCCAUCAGUAGCGUCUUCAUGACUGGCGCCUCGUCCUCCAAUGGAGGGCGAUAUCACGUCGGCAGUGACAGCGGCGCGGACGGCACCCAGGCGUCCAGCUCCAACGACUCCCACUACAGCGGCUCCCGGGUGGAGACACCCGUGUCCUACAUGGGGGACGAUGACGACGAGGAUGACUACGACGAGAAUGAUGACGACGACUAAAGUCCCCAAGUUUGUCCUCGCUAGCUCUCCUUGCUAGUCCUCAGCUCUCGACCCUCUCUGCUCGGCGUGCUUGGCUCAGCACAGCACACCCACUUCUCUGAAAAAAAUGGCCAUAUUCAUCAAGGGAUGCCUCUCAAAUGCUACGUCGCCCUCCCACGGGACUAUUUUCUCUCUCUCUCUCUCUCUCUCUCUCUCUCUCUCUCUCUCUCUCUCUCUCUCUCUCUCUCUCUCUCUCCCUCCAUCUUUUUUUUUUUUUUUUACUUGACAAGGGCAUUGAAGAGUGUCAACAGGUUAAAGGGCUCGAGUCCUUACUACACGCAGUUCAUUUUUUGUUCCCUUCUCGGAUCAGUCUCUUGUGCCGGGGUUCUAGAAGCCACAAUGUUCCACAAACAGGAUGCCAUGCCCCCACUGCCUGCUGGGACUCGUAGUUCUUCAAUAGACGGGCCUCCGCUGUAGUUUUAAGGAAUUGUAACGUCCACCCCUGGCGCAGCACACCAUUAGGACGUUUAGCUACCCUGAUCUUUCCUGCCUUCUUCUACAGCUGAGAAACCCGCCGCCCUGGACUCAUGAGUUUAAAGCUUCCCAUGUCGCAGGUGGCCACCAAUAGCCUUGGUUCAUGUGUAGAGUGACCUCUCUGUGUGAAAUAGAUUAUCUCCAGUAUAUAAGUUUAUUCUAUUCUUAAAAUGUUAAGGCGACAUGGUCUAGAAAUUCAAGAUGGCAGCCACCCACGCCCCAUGCAGACUGAAGGAUGUGGAGAAUCUCGACACGCAUGCUGCCAAUUGCGUUUGCCCCGUCAGUUGGGCAGAUGUGGAUGUGUGUGGACACUUAUCUUUUUGUAUGCUGAUUCUUAGCAAGAUUUUUAAAAAUUGAAAUCGUUCUUUUUUUCUUGUUUUUUCCUCCCUCCUUUUCCUCUCCUCCCUCUCCUUCCCUCUGUGUGUUUGGCUCACUGCCAACUUCUGGGCAGCUUUUUUUUCCCUCUUGCGUGGGGAUGCUCUACUGAGCGACAUUUAUUUUUUGUUUUGUGUUUUGUUUUGUUUUUUUGUUUUAAUUCAGAGCUUUAGAGGCGAUAUCCUUUCCCUCACACUGCCUGUUUAUUAUUUUUGUUUUUCGUUUUUGUGUUUACCAAUGAUGGAGGUGUCAGGGGGAGUACAAAAUGAAACUCCAUUACCCAUGAGUGUUUAUAGGAAAAAAACACAAAGAAAAAGACAAAAAAUAACAAAAAAGGCUUUUGUUUGUGAAUGACGUGCUUGAAUCUCCUGAAGAUUGUAGAUUUUAGAGUCCUCUCCGGGUUGGUGAUGAAAAGUUUGAAAAAGAGAGAGGUUGUAAAGAUAAGAUGGCGAUAAGGAUGUCCAAAAAAGUGGGUAAUAAUUAUUGGUCUUUUUUGACUCCCUUUGAACAUAUUUUUUAAAAACCUGAACAACACAUGUACUGACUCUUCCAAGUAACUUUUUUUCUGUAAUCUAAUAUAAGUUUUGAAAAAUUAAAUAUAGAGAACGUUUUAACAAGUGGAAUUCAAUGUGUUUAUUGCUCACACUAAUGUAUCGGUUAUAACACUGCACAGAAUGAACUCAAAUGGUGAGAAAAAAAGAAGAAAAGAAAAAAAAACCCAAUAAAAAAUCUAUUUUGUAUAGUC